UAAAAGCCCUGCUUAAUCCUGCCUGCGCUAACAAAAUAAGAGUCUCAGAAAGCUAGCAUGCACAAGCUAGCAAGCUACAGAGUUUGCCUCCAGUGUAUUUCUUGUAAAGUGUAUAAAAAGGAGUAUGAAGCUGGACAAAUAAGAUGCUACAAAGCAACCACUUUCAUGUGGUUUUGGACAGAAAGGAGGACUUUUUUUUUCUCCUCCAUUUGAAAAUGUGGACGUUAUCAAUCAAUGUUUACUUAUGUAGCCCUAAGUCACAAGUGUCUCAAAGGGCUGCACAAGCCACAACGACGUCCCACAUCAGGGCAAGAAAAAACUCAACCCAAUGGGAUGACAAUGAGAAACUACUGUCUGAUUCCAAUCAAUGCAAGUCAUCAGAAUCAGCUAAAACACCAACUUAUAUUCUUGUCUUCAUGAAAGAAAGGAAUGUUAAACAUGCUUGUAUUAUCAUUAAACACCUUUAACUUAUUAACAAAAACCUCUCUUUCAUAAAUGUAUAAUUAUACAUGAUAUAUAUGAAUGAGGUAUUAUUAUUAUUAUAGAGGUUUAUUUGAAAUAGGCCCAGAUACAAAAACAUAGACAUCUGAAACAGUUAUCCGAUGCAUGCAUCACAGUGUUUGUAGCCAAAGCUCAUUUACAACACUUGUCCCCAACAACAACAACAACACAGAUCCAACAUCAUUAAAAUAGGAAAAUAAAAAAUAGAAUGAGUUGAUAAUAAUGAUAAUAGUAAUAAUACAGACAAAGUGCAAACUAGAUAAAAGCCAAUAAUAAUAAUAAUAACACAGACAAAGUGCAGACUAGAUAAAAACCAAUUAGUAAAAAUGAGUAAAAACUAAACAUGGGAACACGAUUGUUGCUCAACUGCCAUAAUUUUGUUUGUUUUUUGAAAGUGACAAGUGCAGGUUUACUUUUCAAAGUGUCCAGUAAAGAGUUCCAUAGUUGUGGUCCUUUUAUUGAAAAUGCAGUCUGGGCAAAAGAUGUUCUACGGAAUGGAACACAACAGAUCCCCUCCACUUGGUCAAUUGAAAAGUAGCUCGCCUGCAGAAAAAGUGUGGGCACCCCUGAUCUAAAUCCAUUGUCCUCUUGCUAUAAUUUAAUAUCCGUUGUGUUUUUUUCCAGGUGUUCAGUUGCUGCCGAGGCAAUGGAGGACAAAACAAUAGUUUUUUAUGAAUUUCUAAACCGCUCGUGAAAACCUAAAGGCCUUUUUGAUAAAUAGUGCACUUUUUUGCAGAUGAAUCACCUGCAAACAUGUGAAACGGAUAUAUAUACAGUUACAUGAGAUGCAAGAUUUAUUCAUAAAUGACUACUAAUUGACUGCUCUACUGAUCUUUGGACCUGCAACAAAAACAUUCACUCGACAGACGAUUUAGAUUUUUUUUUUUGCGGAGAGGAGGAGCCACAGGAGUAGAGCAAGAGGGGUUCCAGCUCAGGGUAGAAGAUUCUGGCAAAGUAUAACUUCUGUGGCGUUUCUACGGAAACGAGCAGGGCAACACAAAUUUACAAAGCCGCUCCGAUGAGCUCACCGGCAGCUCGGGUGGAGGAGAGGGAGCUGUCGCCACAGUGCAACAUAUGAGGGUAUUAACCUUUUACUUUUUGUCUUUACGGGUUACUUGGUAAGAUUAAUGAAAAAGAAGGCGGUGUAACCUGAGAGAUUGCUACAACUUGCCACCAAGCUGUUGACUACAUCAAUAAUAGAUGACUGUAAUCAAUACCCAAUGAAACACAACUGUGUCUACAUUUUUCUAAAGUGGGUUUGUUUGUUUUUCUGGCACCAAACACUUUAAUUUUUCCUCCUAGAGGGGAUAACUCACCAGAGGAUGAUCACAUGACCCCCGACGGAGAUGGGGAGAACCGAAAACAGUCCUGUUACCAUGGUUACAGUUGAAGGUGACACGUUUUGUGGUGUGCAUGGGAGAGCGAGGGCCUUUGAGGGGAGUCCAAGUUCAACCAUCCAGUCAGAGUAACAGGAUCAUAGAGCAAAAGAGAAGAGCAGGGAGGAGCUUAAAGAAGCUGCAGCUUGUCACCCGACUGCCUCCCACUCAGGCUGGAUCAAAGAGAACAGGGAGGAGGUUAGGACCAUGACUCGGGACGAUGUGUGGCGAGAGCGACUGCAGCGCUCUCAGAGGCAGCUGAAGGCCAAAGAGGACGAGAUGUGUCGCCAGUCCCGGUACUUUGACAACUUUAAAGCGCAACUCCAACACAAGGUGAGCCUGGCGAGGGACAGAGAGGAGAGUCUACAGAAGCGCGUUUACACGCUAGAGAAGCAGCUCCUGGAUGUGACCGUGAGCGCCGCCACCGAUGUGGCCACGUUAAGUGCGGUGAGAAUUACAGCCAGGAGGGAAACGCACUGGAAGGAGCAUGAGAGGCUACCUGGCGCUAGAGGAGAAGGUGAAGGAGAAGAGGAGAGAAAUCAAGGCAGGAGGCAGCUAAACGUAGGAGCCCAAGGAGACGGAGCACGUGAGGACAAAGAAAGGAACGUAGACAACAAUGUGAAGCUGCAAGGUUUCAUCGUGAACCUGCAGGAGGAUCUCAAGGUGCUGCUGGAGAGAGAGGGAAGCGGAGUGUCCGAGCGGCGGAGGCUAACGGAGCAGCUCCAGGAAGCUCAAGAGAGCCGUCAGUUGCUGUGCUGCAAGGUGGAGGAGAUGGAGGAGGAGAUACAACAGCUGAAGGUGUCUGAAAGCAUCCUUGUCAAGGAGAUAGGAGAGCUUCAGCGUGACCUUAGGAGUCCAACUAAACCAACUCCCAAUGGACAUCAUUCAGAAGAAAGCCCUGAAAAGGUGCUGAAUGAGAAGGAUGCAGUUCCAGUUGAUCAGCACCAGGCGGCAGCAGGGAGCACAAAGCUUGGCCAACCAGCUCCGAUCCUUAGUGCCAAACACGGAUCUCAGCGUUCAUCUAAAAUGUGCUCUUUUCCUCGCCUUCGUCUCCAGUCACUAGAUGACUGGGGCUCUACAAGGGACUUCAAUGUGGAGGAAAUGCCCAGCGAGGAAUCUGAUGCCCUGAGGGAGGCGUACAGGAGCUUGGGAUUCGGUGGGGACAUUGAGGGUCUCAAAGAGCAAUAUGAGCGUCUGGAGGCCACCCUGCAACACUCGAAGGAGCAGCUGCAAGUGAUGGCUCAGGAGAAUGAUCAACUGAAAUUGCUGCUGCGGAGUCAAGCCGAAGAGAAGUUAAUGCAAAAGGUUAGCACAACAUCAGCCAAUGAUGGAGAUGAUGCCUGCCAGUCGUCGCCUGUCCAAGAUAACAUCACCGACAGCGAUCUUCUCCAGGCUCUAAAUCAGGAGAACCGUGCCCUGGCUGUCCGGAUCCAGGAGCUACUGGCUCACAUUGAGCUGAAUGAGGAAGACAUAAAGCGCGAGCGGUCUCAGCUGAGGGCGCAUGUUUUAUGUCUGGAGGAAGACAAAGCCAAGCUGGAGCAGGAGAAGGAAGAGCAAGGUUGCCUGGUCACGGAACUCACCAAGAAGACCGAAGAUGAUCUAAAUACUAUCUUGGAGCUGCAGCAGAAGCUAGAAGAAGACAGGGCGGAGCGGAGUGAACAGAAGAACAUAAAGUGUGGAGGUCAGAAUCCAGCCACAGUUUCAGGGAGAUGUCAAGAGAACAAACCAGCGGAGUGUUUAGUGCAGAGUGAGAACCAACUACCUCAAUUGACAUCAAGCCAACAAGUAGAUGAUAUGACCACAUUUUUAAAGCCUGUUUGCCAACAAGACCUGCAGAGCCUAAGAGUAGAGCAGGAGGAGCUGACCUCCUCUGUGUUUUCACUCCGACGACAAGAAGAAGAAGUCUCUCUGUCAGUCCAAACACAAACUGAAGAGAAACAGCUUUUAACUCGGACAGUCUGGGCGCUGAAAGAGGAGAAAGACGGGCUCUGUCGCGCUUUACACGGCCUGAAGCAGGAGCGGGAGCAUCUAAUCAGGGAAGUCAGUGGGGUGAAGGAUGAGAAAGCUUGCCUGUUCAAAUCCGUAAAUGAGCUAAAAGAAGCGAAGAAGAAACUCAUGGAGUGUUUUCCGGCCCUUGAAAGAGAAAAGGAGAAACUGUUAGAAUCGCUCCUAAGUGGAAAAGAGGCGACCAAUCACUUUGGAGAGUCGGUACAAGAGUCGAGUCAGAGCGUUCUCACUUGGACAGUGGAGACAUUGAAUCUGACCGAUUCCCUCAAGCGUCUGAACGAGUUGACAGAUCAGCCUCCACCGCUCUGGAAUUUGCAACAAGACCGUGACAGGCUGCUAAAGUCAAUUAGCACUUUGAAAGAUGAGAAAGUCCGAAGUGAACAUUCAGUCGGGUGCUUAAAACUGGAGGAAGCGCAGACGAUGCAAUCACUCGAAGCUUCAAGAGGAGAAAGAAUUGAUCAACCCAGACCGACACAAGAGAAUAAAACCAACUACGGAGUGACUGGGCAGGAAAAUAGACAACAUGUGACAAGAAGCUUCAAUGGAAACACGGUGCAGGAGCAAAGUAACCUGGUGAGCGAGGUCAAGGUUUUGACAGAAGAACUCCAGAAGUCACAAGAAGAAUUGUCAAAAAGACACAAAGAGACUGCAGAUCUACACAGGCAGCUGAGUCAAGCAGAAGCCACCAGGCAGGAUGCAGAGAGGAAAGCAGCUCAGGCAGUUGACGAGGUGGAGAGGCUGACCCAUUUAAUGGCGCAAACAGAAGACAUCAGCAUGGAGAAUGGCCACCUCACCACACAGGUUAAAGCGCUGCAGAGCAAAGUGGACGUCCUAGCCAGGGAAAAGGCCACCAUUCUGUCACUGAAGUCAGACAUUGAAGGGCAAUACAAUAUCCUCACAGCACAGCUGAAAGCCAAGACGGUGGCUCUAGAUGAGCUGAAUGCUGAGUAUAUCAACCUGAAAAAAGGGCGUGACAACGAAGACGACCUGAGCGCUCUCGUGUCCCUCCGAACACGUUACAACGACAUCCGAGCCAAGUACGACGCACUCCUAAAAGCAAAGAGCUCUGCAGAUAAGGAUAUAGUUCCAUUAAAGGCCAAGCUCUCCUCUCUGCUGCUGAAGUGUCAGGAGAGAAACAACUUAUUGGCGCAGACAAUGAGAGCCCUGCGUGAGCACGGCCCCGUGGACGCCACGCUGACCGUGCAAGUCAAUCAACUGCUCACCGACGCGGUGCUGCUUCAGUACACCGCUGCAUUCACACAUGCGGGUUUUACAAAGGACCCAGACCAAGGACUGACAACAGGAUUUAUUUCCAAUUUUCAAAAGUACACUUGCGCCACAGACCCCGGAAACCAGCAACAUCAAGAUGAUUUCCACACGGACCAGAAAAGAAAAGAAACUGUUGAUGCCAUGUGUGUAGCAGCUGUUCUAAGACAGAGAAUUGCCAUCUCACCUGUGCCAACCCUGCAAGAGGACAUCAAGGUGCCAUCAUCACCUGACCCAAAACCGAAAGAAGUUUUUAGUCUUGACACAACCCAGCUGCAGCCCUCUGAUGAUGAACCAGAAAAAACGUCUCCUCUGGACAAAAGACCGGCGUCAUCCCCAGUGUCAUCCAACGUGUCGGACUCCAGCAGGUCUCACCGAAGUCCUGCACCUCCUCUCUCAGUCAGCCCAGUCAGGAGGAGGCUGAGCAGUCCUGAGAAAAUCCUCAACCUGCAUGAGCAACUGCAGCAGACCAUGUUGAGUGUCUCUCGGGCUUCUGUAAGAAGAGGGAGAGGAGAAGAGUCCAGAGGGAGUCUUUCAUUCUCAGCUCCCGCAUCCCCAAGUCCAUCCUCGCAGACAAAGCUACAGACCGCCUGUAUCACUGCUCCCCCUGGUGGCCCUCUCCCAUUCUGCACAGCUUCAAGCCUGGCCAAGCCCCCUCUAGCACUGACAAACACACCUGUUGCUAGAAGAAAUCAGCCAACAGCGCUUUUUAACGCAGUCACAGCAAGAUGCACUAAUAAGCCCUUCACACCUCAUUUGUUGGCUAACAAUCACUUUAAAAGUCCUUCCUCGCUCUCUGCUAACGUGUUCCUUCGUAACGCUUCAUCAAGCAAAGUCAAAUCCAGCUCAGGCGGGGACACUAAUGUACCAACAUCCCCGAAACUGAAAAGUGCUGAUGCCGAACCCACAUCUCCUUUAAUGACAGCAAUCUUUAAAGCUACUGACUUCACUGCCUCAGACACAAGUGCCCCAAUUAAACAGAAUGUCCACAAAGACGUCGAUGUCAGCAUGACAUCAAAGCCGGACGGUGCUGCUUCUGCACGGGACAGCAUCGAAAUCACUACGUUCCACUUCCCUGAGAGACCAUCCAAGUCUGCAACAAGGUCCCAUAGUGCUCCUGGCAAGAUGAGACCUUCAAGACCCAGCGCAGAAGCUCCAGCGGGGGUGCUCUCUGUGGAGGUCAUCAAACAGGUGGGUAACAGCAGCCUCCUUAUUGGCUGGGAAAGGCCUCCUCUGGACGAGCUAGGCUGCAGUCACGGCACAUUCGUGUAUGGAUACAGGGUGUUUGUGGAUGGGGACUUCUACAAGUCUGUCAUGAGUUCUGCGUGCACCAAGUGUGUACUGGAAAAUGUGGAUUUGACGGAACCAGUGGAGAUUGGUGUUCAAACACUUGGCUCUAAUGGGCUGAUUUCAAACAGUGUCCACGCCUUUUACACGUCUCCAGGAUUAUGAAGGGCCGUGGUCCUAACUUCACACCGGACCAGCUCAGGUCACCUCAACAGUCCUUGUCACAUGGUCUUGGCCGUCCAAUGAGCAAAUGUGCUGUGGCUGCUUGCCUGACCUCAGAGCGAGCAAACUAAAGACGGACUAAACACAGAGAUGUAAAAGCAGGUGAACAUUUGUCUUUUACACGAACAUAUUUUGACGCCACGUGUUGGAUUCAACAUUUUGACAUCCCGUCAGUUCAAUCCUCCCAAAAAAGCUGUCCCUCCCUUGCAAAGAAGCCAAGAACUAAGACUUCAGGGUGAUGUUUACACUGUGGUCAACACAGACCGAUGUCGUGUGUCUUACUAAUUCACUGAAGAACUUCGGAUGCUGGUGAAAUCUUCAAAUACACAUACUCCAUCAUGUUGGCACACAUUCUACUUUUUUUACUCAGAAAGCCAAAUAUGAGAGACUAAAAUGAACUCCAAAGACUAUUUCCUGGAAGACAUGGAACACAAAAUCUAUUUCAGUCCAUACAUUUGCACACAAUCCUGUAUAAAAGAAGAGUUAGAUGUCAUGUUUGCACACUUACCUUUUUCAUUUGAUUACAAAUCCCAUAACGUGUUUGCCACUUCUACAGUAUACGGGUGUAGAGAAACUAAAAGUAUUUUUCUAACAGUUGGUUCGAUUGUUUACUCCUCGCAGCUGUACAGAGAAUAAAUGCUUAUAUAUACAAAAUAGCAUUGCAAUGUGUCUCGUUGCAACUCUCCACUUUGAACACUGGGUGGCAGCCCUUUUUGCUCUGAGGGCUUUUGGCAUCACAGAUAUAGAGAAAGGAUGUUGAUCUCGCACAACAAAAGAAGCAGGAGCAACGACCCAUGAAUCACCUGCUGUGCUGGACACUUUUGUUUUGCUCUUUGCUGACGCUCAGCAGAAAGUGCUGGGAUUGGCUUUGUUCGGCCAGGAAAGGUGCUUAGCUCACCUAAACUUCUACAAACGUCUUCUACCUCUGUGACCUUUGUCUUCUUUUCAUGCUGUUCUUCUUUCCUUCUGAUGUCACACAGUGGAUGAAGAUGAAAACUCACUCCAACUAAAUCUAAUAGAACAGGACACACCUAAUGUUGCAAGUAUGCUAAAUCACUUCCAUGUGAUCCUCUUUUUAUGUAAUUGAUCGUCGCCAAUGGUUCUUCUGUCUGUCAGUUGGCAAAAUAAAACAA